AUGUUGUCGAAUGAUCCUGUCUCUCCCUGCAAUAUUUGUGGGGAGCUGAACACCGAGAACAAGGACUCUUUCACCUUCGAGCCAGCAGCUAUUGCUCAGUCUGCUGAUGGGGGUUGUGCCACUUGCCAACUCCUCACAAAAAGCCUUGCUCAUGCACGACCAGACUUUAUCAUUGAGGUAGACAAGGUGGAGGCGAAGAGGAGGGAAGGUGGGCCAUUAGCAUUAACAUAUCUCGUUAAGAACUCGCCUUCAGAAGAGACCGUGGAGGUGUACGCACACAGAGACAUGCCGACACCGUACCCGUGGAUCGGGUUUGGAACCGAAGUUUCAGCUGAUUCGUCCUCGGAAGAGUGCUUCAACCUCGUCCAAGGCUGGAUCAGUGAUUGCCUGGCAAAUCACUCUCAGUGCCCACUUAGCCAGCUUCCGGAGCUUCCCACUCGAGUCGUCCAUGUCGGAUCGGCGAACCAGCCACCACGCCUACACAUCACCCAGCAGCACGAGCGUGCCGAAUACCUUGCACUUAGCCACUGCUGGGGCCCGCCCGCCAAGGCCGCAGUUACGAUCAAGACCACGGUGGACACGCUGCAGCAGUUUCAGGUCGAGAUACCAUGGGCAAUGCUGAGCAACACCUUCCGCGACGCCAUCUUGAUCACCCGACGUUUGGGCUACCAGUACCUCUGGAUCGAUUCUCUGUGUAUCAUCCAAGGCGACGCCCAUGACUGGGUCAUCGAGGCUUCAAGAAUGGCCGGAGUAUACGCCAAUGCAUUCCUCGUCAUUGCCGCUAGCGGCGCAUCGGACGGAGACGGCGGCUGUUUCCGAGGCGGCCGCAACGCAAGUUCCGAAGGUGUGUUGCGUCUUGAGUGCCCGGGUCGAGAAGGUGGCGGCACAAGCUUCGCAUAUGUGAGACGGUCCCGGAAAGGGUUCUACUUCACGCUAGCAGAGAUGCGCGGCGGCGAGUAUACUCAUGGCUGGAGAUCGGCGUUCGGGCAGCCACUGGAGACUCGGGCGUGGACGUUUCAGGAGGAAGAACUCGCUACGCGCAUGCUCUUCUACACGGACGACGAGCUCCAGUGGCGCUGCUCCACGGCUAAUGCGUGCGAGUGCCGGGGCUCUCGCGAGGCACUGGUGACCAGUCCCCUCCGUCUCACGCUGGCCAACGCAAAACGGCAGACGCCCCGGGUGAAGGUGGAGACCUGGUAUUCCCUCGUAUCAGAAUACACGCGCCGUGACAUGACUUAUCUUUCGGAUCGGCUCCCCGGGCUUUCAGGCAUCGCAGCCUGCUGGGAGAGAGCGGAAGGAGACACCUAUCACGCCGGGCUAUGGAGCCGAGAGCUUCCUCGUCAUCUUCUCUGGUUCGCCCAUUCUGUCGGGUUCAUGGCGCCAGAUCGUGGCUCUCGGAGGCACCAGGCGUACUAUGCGCCAUCCUGGUCGUGGGCAUCGAUCUCCGGUGCCGUCGUCCAUAUUCGAGACGCCGGGGACAUCCAAGUCCGUGUUGUCGAUGUCCAGACUGAGCCGGCCACGGCGAACCGCUUCGGCCCGGUAAAGCGCGGGAACCUUGUAUUAUCUGGUCGCCUGAUACCGAUCAAGCUGGAGUUCGUACCACCCACAUCCAAGGAGUAUCCGGCUCUCAUCAAAGUGAUUGAUCCUCGCAUCGACAGGGAGACACAAGACAUUGGAGCUAUCACCCCGGAUGUCCAGACCAUCCAUGGUGACCUAGAGAUAGAUUUCCACCAACUUCACUACUUGCUUCCGGUUGCCUGUCAACGGGAGAUACAAGGCGCGACUUUGACUAAAGCAAUGCCCAUCGCUUCUCUGGUGCUGAGGAGAUCCGAGAGUUCACCGAGAUGGUUUGAGAGGGUGGGAUUAUCGGUCACUGUCUAUCAAUCUGGGUGGGAAGGCCUUACUCGUGGUGUCGUGGAGAGUGAAAUUAACAUUAUUUAA